UACGCCCUUCCACAGUUCGACAAAAUGGCCACCACUCAAACCGCAAUCUCCAAGAGGAGAAAGUUCGUUGCUGACGGUGUCUUCUACGCCGAGCUGAACGAGUUCUUCCAGCGCGAGCUGGCCGAGGAGGGCUACUCCGGCGUCGAGGUCCGCGUCACCCCCACUGUCACCGACAUCAUCAUCCGCGCCACACACACCCAGGAGGUUCUUGGAGAGCAGGGUCGCCGCAUCCGUGAGCUCACCUCGCUCAUCCAGAAGCGAUUCAAGUUCCCCGAGAACUCCGUCUCCCUCUACGCCGCCAAGGUUCAGAACCGUGGUCUCUCCGCCGUCGCCCAGUGCGAGUCCCUCCGAUACAAGCUUCUCAAUGGUCUGGCCGUCCGAAGGGCUUGCUACGGUGUCCUGAGGUUCAUCAUGGAGUCUGGCGCUAAGGGUUGCGAGGUUGUUGUUUCCGGAAAGCUCAGGGCCGCCCGUGCCAAGAGCAUGAAGUUCACUGACGGUUUCAUGAUCCACUCCGGUCAGCCCGCCAAGGACUUCAUUGACCACGCUACCCGCCACGUCCUGCUCCGCCAGGGUGUCCUCGGUAUCAAGGUUAAGAUCAUGCGCGGCUCCGACCCCGAGGGCAAGGCCGGCCCAUCCAAGACUCUGCCCGACUCCGUCACCAUCAUCGAGCCCAAGGAGGAGCAGCCCGUUGUCCAGCCCAUGUCGCAAGACUACGGCGCCAAGGCCAUCGCUGCUCAGCAAGCCGCAGAGCAGGCCAGGCAGGCCGAGCAGGGCGAGGGCGAGGCCCAGCCAGCUGGUGGUGAGGGUUACUCUGAGGAGCAGUAGGUUGAUCAUUUGCUGCGGGCGCAAUGAGGUUACGAAAAGGCAUUUAGCGGAAGGAUAUGAUGCCAUCACGAACCCUGACACAUCUUCCUUUGCACAUUCGGAAUGGACUGGGCUGCUUUUUUGACUAGGGAGGGAAAGGAGUCUGCACUGCUUCACUGCUAUGUACUCAAUGAAACCACCCAAACAUCAAAGAUGGCUUGACCACUCGAAAUGUGUUCUGACCAUUGUCAUUGCUUUUUAAUACUUUUCACUUUCACGUGUUUUUUGUUCAACUCGUUCAUAUUGAUACGUGGGUGAGUUGCGAUCACACGCGAACACUUGGGAGUUUGUUUAAUGUUUCUGAUAUAGCCUUGCUGAUGUGCUAACGCGUGCAAUAUUUACAGUUUUGAAGCGACAGAGAAUGGUCACUCAGAUGCUGCCGAAAACGGCCAGACUACUCAUGACCUUGCCGUCAU